AUGUUUAUGAUACCUGCUACAUCGACUUAUCCUUCAAUUCAAACUGAAUUUGCGGAAGGCUUCAGACUUGGUCUUUCCAUUUUCAUCACAUUGGUUUCUGUCGUCCUUGGAUUCGCUUUUCCACUUGUCCUUUGCGACUUCAUCUUCAAUCCAUCUUUUUUUGACGAAUUCAAACAGAGACGAGAACAGCAACGAGGAGAAGCUAGAAUAGCCGAGAUGACCCGUGCCAGACAAAGAGCUACAGAAGAGGAUAGAAAGAAGAUGAAAACCAUCCAGCCAAUGAACGCAGCAGCGGGUCAGAGCACUUGUCCUGUGCACGGAACACCGAUACCGACCCCAGUGGACUCUUUGAGAUAG